AUGCAGACACCCUGUUCAACAACCCCAUCAUGGUCCGCUCCAUCCCCAGUCACCAUCUUCCUCCGCAAUGUCCACCUUCUCCAACUUGACCAACAACCAGACUGGCCCGGCCUCUCUCGCAAACUAUUUUCAGGUGGCCAAAAGACCCAAACUCAACGAGUCAAGAGCGUGGAAUGGGUCUUGUACCAGUUAUUCCUGUUGUGGGAUCCCUCCGAGACGAAGAAUAAACUUCGUCCGUUUUUUCCACCCUUAGAACCAUUGCAAUCGAUCAACUUACGUGCCGCUCUGUUUCGGGCGUUGUCUGAUCUGAAGAAAAAUGGCUAUUUGGGACGAGAGACUACCGUGCGCAAGACCAUGCUGGAUGACUGCAAAGGGCCGAAGUUCGAGGAAGUUCUAGCCGUAUUUUCGACAGCAGUACUGCGCAAGGUCAUUUGCGAAAGUCAACGAGAGCCUGGACUGCGAUUGGCUUUUACGAAAAGCUUGACCGACAUAGAAUUAGAAGAACAAUUGGUUCCUUUGAUAAUAGCUCACCACGCUUCCUUGAGCAAUACGAGACAGGAACAAUUCAUAAUACGAGAAAGUCAUGACCACUUUUCAAAGUUGCUCGACGAAAAGGCUAGGGAACUGUCACUGCGCUCGAAACGGAAACCUCGGCAAGCUGAAGAAUCGCCUCAUCUCGACAGAUUAGCGAACGAUGUCAAGGCUAAUUGGCUUGGGGGUCGGAAUCUCGCUGAUACUCUGUUGACAGGAGGUUCCACCAUUGAGAAGGAUCUAUUUCUUGAGUUGUCGUUCGAGAAAGCAUGGAGCCGGGCUAGAAAAGGAACAAUGAAUCAGCUCAGUCGAUCGUCGAACGCAGACUUGCUGCAGGAUUUGGACACUUGUCUUGAAAAUCAAAGGCGCCGUUUGAAGCGAUUGAAGGAAUUCAACAAAUCGAUGCAUCGAGAGCAAGCAGGUGGAGCCGUGUCGAUCAAGUCUCAUGGCAAAAGUCAAAGCAUCACAUUCAGAGACCACCAGACGUUGACAGUGGCGAGCACUUCAAAAUUGCGAGAUGCAGUGGAAUCGAGAGAUUUACUUGAUGAGCACCAAGCGAUUAUAUCCUCCCUCAGGGACGCCUUGUUGGAGGUCAAGGGUAUCCGGCUUGAACAAGACCCUUCUCGUAUCGUCACUCCUUUGGUCGAGUCACCUCGAAGACCGGAUCCAAAGCAAAACUUCACGUUAUCACCCAUACCAGAUACAGAACAAUACUCUCCAUCACCGUCACCCAGCGUUCAGAUAACCGACUUUGAGGCUGAGCAGCGUGCUUCGGCCUUCGAUUCGACUAUACAUGAUGCCGUGUCGCAACCAUCGCAUCACAACGGCAGUCAAUACGAUUCUUCUAUUAGAGAAGAACAUGGCACUAAUCCUCCCAAAGCGAAUACUUCACACUGCGGUUUCUCCCCCGACCCAGAUUCGGAAAUUGAUGGACCUCCACUCCCUCGCUUUGAGCCUCGCUCACUAUUAGAACGAACAAGACAGUCAAUGUCUCUACUGCCCCCGCUACCAACUUCACGCUCUCGACAAUCUCUAGCUGCACGACGCGAAUCACAGCGUUUCCCCAUCAACCAAUUCGCUACUCCGCCAAAAGAACAAUCCGAGCCAUCGCACUCGGGGGCCUCCACGCCACGGGAUGACCUUUUUACAGAGGAAGCGGAAUAUGCUAGCAUUUUCAAAAGUCGACCUCGUGUUGCGCAUAGUCCUCUUAUGUCGCCUGCUAUUCAUGUGGGAUUUGAGGAUGAUGAUGAGCCUGGAGAUUAUGUUGAAGAUGAUGAGAGUGUUCUUGAUCUAGCGCUUGCUGGAUCACCGCUUGCAAGUAAAAGAAGAUGA